CCACUUGGCCUAUCAAAGAAGAAACCUGUGAGAACAGAGCGAAAAGGCUGUAACUCAGGGACACCAGAACACCAUAGCUCAAACUAUGGAAGAGAAGUAAUACGAAACCCGCAAUUUGGAAGUUAUGAAGUAACCUAUAAUGCAAUAUGGCGAGCCUGCAUCAAUAUACAGGAGUAUCUACCUAUAAAGAUAACAGGAAUCAGCAGCAUACUAACUAAACUAGACGUUAAUGACAAGGCUUAA